UUGCUGAUAUGGCCUAUCUCUUCAAAGUUUGAACUUCAUGUUAGGGUUUAAUUCCUAGACAAAACAAAGUUUUUGAACUGUUCCAAUCACGAUUUAUGAAUGGUAGUUAACUAAAAGAAUCAUGUCAAAACCCACCAGUACAGAAAUUUCGGUAUCUAUGGAUGAUGAUACGACUCCUCCUGAUUGGGACCCAACUUCUGUUUCAACAUCAAAUACGAAUACUACUCAGGUUCCUGUGACUACUAAUGUUGCACCUCAACAAGUACAUAAUUAUUCAUCCCCUGAUCCUGCAAGAUCUUUUCAAUGUGUUUCUAGGGUUAAAAGGGAUAUGCUUGCAAUUUACAAUGACCCACCCCCUGGGAUAUUUGUAAUACAGGAUGAACAAGAUUUGACUUUGAUACAUGCAUUGAUCACGGGUUCCUUUGAAACUCCCUAUGAAGGUGGAUAUUUUUACUUUAUUGUAAGAUGUCCUCCAGAUUACCCUAUUAAACCCCCUAAAGUAAAAUUCAUGACAACUGGAGGAGGAACUGUGCGGUUUAAUCCUAACCUUUACAAGUGUGGAAAGGUUUGCAUCAGCAUACUGGGAACUUGGUCAGGUCCUGCAUGGAGUCCAGCUCUUACAAUAUCUUCGGUUCUCAUAUCAAUUCAGAGUCUUUUAACUGAGAAACCAUAUCAUAAUGAACCUGGAUUUGAAAGGGAAAGAUGCCCAGGUGAUAGUAGGAGAUAUAAUGAGAUUAUUCAACAUGAAACAAUUCGUGUGGCAGUUUGUGGCAUGUUGGACAAUGAUUAUGCUCUUAACAUUCCAAAACCACUUGUUGAGGCUAUGAAUCAUAGUUUCGUUCAGUUCUAUGAUUAUUAUGAAUCAACUGUGAAAUCUAAAAUGCAUCUUACAGGAUCAUCGAUGCAGGACCCUUUUGGCGAGCAGAGAGGUGUUUUCGAUUACAAAGGACUUUUAGAAAGGCUGGAGACAAUAUAUAAGAGACUUAAAACAAAAUCGACCCCAUCCUCCAGUCCAAGCUGCAGUCCAGAAAGUGAUUAGAGACCUAGCUAGAAAGGCUCUCACUUUGAGUGUAAAAUAUUAAACUCUUAAAAUUCUUCCUUAAGCGCUAAUAAUAGGCUGUCAUCACAUUAUUUUAAGUAUUGAAAAAUGGUAUAUACUAACUUAAAUUUCAG